AACCAGCACAAUUUCCGGCGAUAACACCAGGCGUCGCGGCGAGUACCGGCAACCACACGGCUCCGACCUUGCCAUUGACUGACGCCAAUGCUGUCGGAGGCCGCACUCUGUCUCCGCGCCGUGCAAGAGGCGGAUGACUAAAGCGGCGCAUCUUGGGGACCAUUUCGCAAGCGAGUAGCCGCCAUGUAUUGGCCCAUCGGCACGCCUCGCGUCUAUGCCACCAGCAGCAGCCGCACGCCCGGCUUGAACCUGUUUGUGUCCAACGAUGGACUCCCCCCCAGCCCUUUCGAUUCGGACUCGUCUUCGCCUCCGGCACCCAAAGCCCCGUCGCGGUCCACUGCCGCCCACGAUGACAUCGAGAUACAGCCCCCGCCGACGCCCAUCACACCCGCCACGCCCGCCGUCCAAUCCGUCGAGCACGAUGACAAUCCCUUGAACAACGCCUUGGCGGGCUCGGCCGUCUCUGGCGCGGACAUGGUGCCCCUCAAGGACCCUGUGCUCGCUCUCCGCGUUGCCCGUGCCGGCCACUUGUUUGCUGUCAUCACGGCCACCUCCAUCACCGUCUGGCAGACAAAGGUCCCCUCUCUCAUGCCUCCCCAGGCGGGUGUCCGUCUCUCUGACUUGCUAUAGCCCACCGUCGUCCUCGCCGUCGUCGUCCGGUCCGACUCCUCUCUCGCGCUGUACGGAAGAAACGUCGACUUGCUGCUCCGCCCCGAUUCGGCCAUCUUGGUAGUUCGAACCGACCAGGGCUAUCUCAUCACCUACUCAAUAGCAACCGACGGCGAGUCAUGCGUGUACAAACCGCAUUUUCCGAACCAUCACCAUGUUCAACGGCGGAAACAGAGCCUCAUCGGCGGCCAGGUGGGAUUGCGGCCAGAGCAGUUCUUGUGGGGACCUGGGGAAGGAUCAGGCGUGCGCGAUGUCAGUGUCCGGUUCCGCAUGGUCAUCAAGGUCGAUGCGGGCAUUGAAAGCGCCUUGGCACUGGACGACGAGCUUGUGGUCGCGACGAGGAAGCCGGCUGCAGUUCAGUGCAUCCGAUGGACGCCCGACAGCACUGGAAGUCAGACCCGCACCGAAAUAAUGAGCCGGAUGGGUUGGGUCGAGAAGAAGGUCUCCAUCAUCGAGAUGACACACGACCGGCCCAUGAACUUGGCCACGUGGAUCACCAACGACGGUCGGGCUUACGCCGUGCAGCGACAGCAGGCUCGUUCCGAUGGUGACAACUCUGACGACGCCGAUUCGAAGCGCCUUUUCAAGGGGCAUUGCUUUCAUGUCCCGCAGAGCCCCGGCGGCCACGCUGUCAAGGCUGUCAUAAACGCGCGGUUCUCUCUGAUUGCUGUGGGCUGUGCCGAUGGCACCAUUCAAGUCUACUCGGUCAAGGAUUAUGCGGGCAACAUUGCGCAUUCUCACGCCCAGAAAAUGCCCGUCUCAGGCUCUGCGACCGGUGCCUUUACAAGUCUGAGCUACUCUCCGGACGGGUACUGCCUCUUCGCAGGGUUCGAAAGGGGCUGGGCGGUUUGGAGCAUGUUCGGCAAACUCGGGAGCCACAGCUUCAGUGUCGAUGAGUCCAUCGCGAACGGAAACGGCGAACAAUGGCUCAAGGGUGUCACGGGCGCGUCGUGGAUUGGCGGCGGCUCUGAGAUGCUACUCGUCGGCCCGCCUCAUGAGGCCGUGUGGGGCCUCGAGAUGGCAAAAAGCGCCGUCACCGGUUGCUACAACGAGGCCAAUGUAUUCAGGACUGUCCUGCAGACCCCGACGGCAGUCAUGGUAUACCGAGGCUACGACCUGCCUGACCUGACGAGCAUCUCCGCGGAGCCGUUCCUGUGGCAUACUGCAAAGGUGCCACCGACUUAUCUGCUGAAUCAGUGGCCGAUACGCCAGACCGUCAUCUCCCCCGAUGGCCGUUAUGUUGCCGUCGCCGGCCGCAGAGGACUUGCCCACUAUAGCGUCAAUAGCGGGCGCUGGAAGACGUUCGUCAACGAGGAGAUGGAAAACGAGUUCCAGGUGAGGGGAGGCAUGUGUUGGUAUCAGCACAUUCUCGUCGCCGCAGUGGAGAGCAACAAGGCGUACGGGAUUCGGCUCUACUCGCGCGAGACGGCGCUCGACUCGUCGCACGUGCUGUACACGCACCAGAUACCGGCUCCGGUCGUCCUGGUGACUACAUCUGGGGACGAUUCCCUGCUGGUGUACACGUACGAAAACCUGCUCUACCAUUUCAUCUUUACACCUUGGGCAGACUCGGUGCGACUGGUUCAGGUUGGACAGAUUGCCUUUCAUGGCAUCGUUCGAUCGCCCGCCAGAGUCCGCGGGCUAAGCUGGAUAUUGCCUGAGAGCCAGCUGGUAGACGGGGAUCCGUCUCAGGACGUGGCCGUGGCAUCCGUCAUCUUCCUCGUUGAUGGGAAGCUGGUGCUGCUGACCCCCUCGCUCAACGACGAAGGCCAGCUGAAGUAUGACAUGCGUAUCAUCGCGCAGAACGUAGAGUACCAUGCGAGCAUGAGAGAUCAGCCGCUUUUGAACAUGUCACGAGCGUCGAGCGGCACACCACUGAAUCGGCGACCGGCGGCUCUGCGAGAUUCCCUGUGGGUAUUCGAUGGCGACGAGGUCAAGGCAUGGACCAGCAUGAAGGAAGUGCUCGAAGCUGCGACCAGCGCCGGUGGCAAGGACUUGCCAACGCCGGUGUCUAUACCUGUGGACUUUUAUCCACUGUCGUUCUUGCUGGAAAAGGGCAUCAUCUUGGGCGUUGAGUCGGACCUCGUGCAGCGGCGAGAUGUGACCUUUUCCUUCUUCCACUUCGCCAUCAGGACACAUCUCGUGCUCCCGGACGUGCUGCGUUACUAUCUGCGGCAGAAUAGAACGGUCGAGGCGACGACGCUGGCUGAACAAUAUCGAGACCUAGAGUAUUUCUCGCAUGGGUUGGAGAUAUUGCUCCACCGCGUUCUGGAUGAGGAAGCAGAGACAUCGCCCAAACCCGAGGACGCUGUCUUGCCGCGAGUGUUGUCACUGCUGUCGUCGUCUGGGGACUACCUGGAUGUCGUGCUGCAGUGCACACGCAAGACCGAAGUGUCGCAGUGGAAAACGCUAUUCGCCUAUCUGCCGCCGCCGCAGGAGCUUUUUGAGGAGUCGCUGCAGCGCGGAUCUCUGAAGACGGCUGGCGGCUAUCUCAUCAUUCUACACACCCUCGAGGAGCUGGAGUCGUCGACUGAACAGUCGGUUCGUGUCCUGUCACGGGCCAUCCAAGAGGGGGAUUGGGAGCUUUGCAAGGAACUCGCGCGGUUCUUGGCGGCCAUGGACGAGACCGGCGAGGUGCUCAAGGAGGCCAUGGACAUGGUAAACGUGGUGCUGAGGCGAGACCAGGAGCAGAUGGUGAGCCGGUUGGAGAUUCCGCAGUCGCGAACGGGGGCCAACGGCCGCACUCGCCGCCGCGGCAGCGGGGAUGACGACACCGAGUCGGACGUGCGCUCGGCAAGCGAUGCAUCCAGCAUCGCGUCUACGGUCAGUCCAUUGAACAGCUCCGGGAUGCUGUGAGGGGGGUGGUCGGACGAUGGCGGCGAGUCGGGGAGGACAUGCAUGGAGUUCCGCGGAACAGCCACAGUAGAGAGGGCAGACUCUGGAGUGGCUUUAGACAUGUGUUGUAGACAGCUGGCAAGGGAGCCGAAGUGUAUUAAAUGUAGCGAGCGGACUGGCAAUGAGAUUUAUCUGUGCAAA